UCUCUAGUCUCAAGUCUCCGCCUUCUGCAGUCGUCCAUGACUUCCCACGCGUCCGGGGCUGCGGGUCCCACCAUUCCGCCCCCUCCCUCCUCCUCCCUUUCUCUCUCUACAAGAAAACAACUCCACCGAACCACUUCCUACCAUGCGUUUUCCAUGUCUUUAACUCCUCAUCCCAAUCAAUCUUUUGUCUGAAUAUUCUAUUGUUUUCUAUGUGUAUGUGAUAAAUGGGGUGGAGUUCAAUUUCUUUGUCCAACUCCCAUUUCCUCCCUCUUCUCGUUGCCAAUUCUUGACCAGACCUUCAUCUUUUUCUUUCUUUCUCCCUCUCUCUCUCUCUCUCACACACACGCACAUUGACAGAAGGCGGGUGUGAUUUUGUGUGUGUUGUUUAUAUACGUGGAUAUAUAUAUGUAUAAGAGAGAGAGCCCCAUGUCUCCGAGCAACCCCACCUCCGCCAAUGUUAAUGCUAGCAUGUCACCAGCAGAGAAUGGGUGUGUUGAUUCUUUCUCUGUGUUGAACUCUGAACAAGCAGUCCAGGAACUUAUUCAAGACUCUCUUCUCCACGGAAUCGAUGAUCAUCUGAUCGAGUUCUCUGAGGCUUUGAGAACUGUAGCAAAGGCCCUAAGAAGAGUCACUGAAGGUAAAGCUUCUGCUCAAGCUGAGGCCGCUGAAUGGAAACGUAAAUAUGAACUGGAGAGGGCACGUAAUUUGCAGUUCGAGCAAAAAGUGCUAUCUUUAGGAGGGCACUUCAGUGAAAUAACUGAUGAGAGAGCUGGAAACUUGGAAGACCAAACUGUGCUGUCAGAUGCAAAUAGUGAUCAAUGUGAGUUGUGCAGUGGGAAAGAUGAUAUCUGCGCUCAUGAGGUUCUCCGGGAUGGUGAAUCUGAUUCUGAUUCCUCUGCCAUUCCUAAUAAGAUGAUGAGGAAGGCAUCAUUUAAGCUAUCAUGGUGCUGCAAGGGUGACAAAAGUGAUCGCCACAAACAUGAUAUUGUGUCUUUUGAGAAGGGGAAUAUAACAACUGCAGAGCGCAGCAGUAAACAGAUUUCUUUGAAGUGGGAAUCACCUCCGCAGACUGUGCUUAUAUUGACCAAGCCGAAUUCUACUUCAGUCAGAAUUCUGUGUCUCGAAAUGGUCAGAUGGUUGAAAGAGCAGAAAAAAUUAAAUAUAUUUGUGGAGCAACGAGUGAAGACUGAGCUUUUGACAGAAUCCUCAUACUAUAGCUUUGUACAAACCUGGCUAGAUGACAAGGAGUUGCUGCUCCUGCAUACGAAGGUUGACCUCAUUGUAACUCUAGGUGGAGAUGGAACUGUCCUUUGGGCUGCAUCUAUGUUCAAAGGUCCGGUUCCUCCGAUCGUGCCGUUCUCUUUAGGUUCUCUUGGUUUCAUGACCCCAUUUUACAGCGAACACUAUCGUGAGUGUCUUAAUUCAAUCCUUCGUGGUCCUAUAAGUAUCACGUUAAGGCAUCGCCUGCAGUGUCAUAUCAUCCGAGAUGAAGCUAAAAGUGAAUAUGAGAAUGAAGGUCCCAUGCUUGUGCUGAAUGAGGUAACAAUCGACCGUGGAAUUUCAUCAUUCCUCACAAAUCUGGAAUGCUAUUGUGACAACUCGUUUGUCACUUGCGUUCAAGGGGAUGGUCUGAUAUUGUCUACGACUUCUGGGAGCACAGCAUAUUCCCUUGCUGCCGGAGGAUCAAUGGUCCAUCCUCAGGUCCCUGGAAUCCUCUUUACACCAAUCUGUCCCCACUCUCUGUCCUUCCGGCCUCUGAUAUUGCCCGAGCACGUGACACUUAGAGUGGUGGUACCAUUCAAUAGCCGAAGCCAAGCAUGGGUGUCGUUUGACGGCAAGGGCAGAAAACAGUUGGCCCCUGGAGAUGCACUGGUUUGCAGCAUGGCCCCUUGGCCUGUUCCCACUGCGUGUCAACUUGAUUCAACCAGUGAUUUUCUAAGAAGCAUCCACGACGGUCUUCACUGGAAUUUGAGGAAGACUCAGUCCUUUGACGGCCCUCGUGAUUCUUAACUACAUUCAUGAUUUAAAGCCUGAGAUUAGAUGAAGAAAUCCACUUAAUAUUGCAGUUUUAGAAAAUGCCAACUCAUACAGGCGUCUUAUACUAGGAGUUGAAGUGUAUGUAGCUGUUUGUAUUCUUAUACCCCUCGUAAGGAUAAUAUACAUGCUGUGCACAGCUGAAUAGGACAAUGUCUAUGCCUGUAAUUGACUUGGUAAUCAGGCAUUGCAUGCAAUAGGAGGAUUACAUAUUGUAACGGACGAAAAUUGGAACGAAGCAAUGCUACGCCUCCAAAAAAUAAUAAAGCUAAAUAUUUGAUA